AGUCCGACGGCCUCUGAAUGCAGCACGUCGUCGUCACAGUGCGUGAUAUCCUUCCGCGGGAGAGAAGCGUACGGCCCUUUCCCUCUCGACAAUACAGGAUGUGAACGGGCGGCGGUGAAGCCUCGAGACGUUCUUCUGCAACAGGGCCGUUACAAUUUCCCGCACCAUCCAAGUGAAAACCCCAACAUAGCACCGGGGAACCUCCGCCUCUUUUCUCACCGACUGAACCCGCCCAGUGGCUGGCACCGAUCGAGCUCCGUGGAAGAAAUAUAAUCCCGCUGUGAGCGCUGCGCGGCAACCGAAAGUGUCCUAGUGAAGAGCGAGAGAGCCGGGGUACAGAAUGGAGCUCAUCACUAUCCUCGAAAAAACUGUCUCUCCAGAUCGCAAUGAACUGGAGGCGGCGCAGAAGUUUCUGGAGCAGGCGGCCAUAGAGAACCUGCCCACGUUCCUGGUGGAGUUGUCUAAAGUGUUGGCGAACCCAGGGAACACUCAGGUGGCUCGGGUUGCUGCUGGACUGCAGGUGAAGAACUCUCUGACCUCCAAAGACCCCGACAUCAAGACGCAGUACCAGCAGAGAUGGCUGGCCAUCGACGCCAACGCCCGCCGCGAGAUCAAGAACUAUGUUUUACAGACUCUGGGCACAGAGACAUACCGGCCCAGCUCAGCGUCUCAGUGUGUCGCUGGCAUCGCCUGUGCGGAGAUCCCUGUGAACCAGUGGCCCGAGCUGAUCCCACAGCUGGUGGCCAAUGUCACCGACCCGUCCAGCACCGAACACAUGAAGGAGUCCACACUGGAGGCCAUUGGAUACAUCUGCCAGGACAUCGACCCGGAGCAGCUGCAGGAAAAUGCCAAUCAGAUCCUGACCGCCAUCAUCCAGGGUAUGAGGAAGGAAGAGCCCAGUAACAAUGUUAAACUGGCUGCUACCAACGCCCUGCUCAACUCCCUGGAGUUCACCAAAGCCAACUUCGACAAGGAGACGGAGCGGCACUUCAUCAUGCAGGUGGUUUGUGAAGCUACACAGUGUCCCGACACCAGAGUGCGUGUGGCGGCCUUACAGAACCUGGUGAAGAUCAUGUCUCUGUAUUAUCAGUACAUGGAGACGUACAUGGGACCUGCUCUGUUCGCGAUUACCAUCGAGGCAAUGAAGAGCGACAUCGAUGAGGUGGCCCUACAGGGCAUCGAGUUCUGGUCCAACGUCUGUGAUGAGGAGAUGGACCUGGCCAUCGAGGCCUCAGAGGCCUCAGAGCAGGGACGGCCCCCGGAGCACACCAGUAAAUUCUACGCCAAAGGAGCCCUGCAGUACCUGGUCCCGAUCCUUACCCAGACCCUCACCAAACAGGACGAAAAUGACGACGACGAUGACUGGAACCCCUGUAAGGCGGCGGGUGUGUGUCUGAUGCUGCUUGCCACUUGCUGUGAGGAUGACGUGGUUCCUCACGUUCUGCCAUUCAUCAAAGAGCACAUCAAGCACCUUGACUGGCGCUACCGCGACGCCUCUGUCAUGGCCUUCGGAUCCAUCUUGGAGGGACCCGAACUCAACCAGCUCAAACCGCUUGUCAUACAGGCAAUGCCGACGCUAAUUGAGCUAAUGAAGGACCCCAGCGUGGUGGUGAGGGACACCACAGCGUGGACAGUGGGGAGGAUCUGUGAGCUGCUACCUGAAGCCGCCAUCAAUGAGGUCUACCUAGCCCCCCUGCUGCAGUGUCUGAUUGAGGGUCUGGGGGCUGAGCCCAGGGUGGCCUCCAACGUCUGCUGGGCGUUCUCCUCUCUGGCUGAGGCAGCCUACGAGGCCACAGAUGCUGCAGAGGACCAGGAGGAGCCCAGCACCUACUGUCUGUCCUCAUCCUUCGAAAUCAUCGUCCAGAAGCUCCUGGAGACCACCGACAGGCCUGACGGUCACCAGAACAACCUGCGCUCUGCUGCCUACGAGGCUCUGAUGGAGAUCGUCAAGAACAGCGCCAAGGACUGCUAUCCUGCGGUCCAGAAAACCACCCUGGUCAUCAUGGAGAGGCUGCAGCAGGUCCUGCAGAUGGAGUCUCACAUCCAGAGCACCUCAGACAGAAUCCAGUUCAAUGACCUGCAGUCGCUGCUGUGUGCCACUCUACAGAACGUACUUCGCAAAGUCCAGCAUCAGGACGCCCUGCAGAUCUCAGAUGUGGUGAUGGCAUCUUUGCUGAGGAUGUUUCAGAGCACUGCCGGCUCGGGGGGUGUUCAGGAGGACGCUCUGAUGGCUGUGUCCACACUGGUGGAAGUUCUGGGCAGCGACUUCCAGAAAUACAUGGACGCCUUCAAGCCGUUCCUGGGCAUCGGACUGAAGAACUAUGCUGAGUAUCAGGUGUGUCUGGCGGCUGUGGGGCUGGUGUGCGACCUGUGCAGAGCUCUGAUGUCCAACAUCCUGCCUUACUGUGAUGAGAUCAUGCAGCUGCUGCUGGAGAACCUCGGGAACGAGAAUGUCCACCGGUCGGUGAAGCCUCAGAUCCUCUCUGCGUUUGGUGACAUCGCUCUGGCCAUUGGAGGAGAGUUUAAGAAAUACUUGGACAUUGUCCUGGACACGCUGCAGCAGGCCUCUCAAGCCCAGGUUGACAAGACGGACUACGACAUGGUGGACUACUUAAACGAGCUGAGGGAGGGCUGCCUGGAGGCCUACACUGGGAUCAUCCAAGGCCUGAAGGGCGACCAGGAGAAUGUCCACCCUGACGUGAUGUUGGUGCAGCCUCGGGUGGAGUUCAUCCUGUCCUUCAUCCAUCACAUAGCUGAGGAUGAGGACCACUCUGACGGCGUGGUGGCCAACGCUGCUGGGCUCAUCGGUGACCUGUGCACGGCGUUUGGUAAAGACGUAAUGAAGCUGGUAGAGGUUCGCCCACUCAUCAACGACCUGCUGACGGAGGGUCGGCGCUCCAAAACCACCAAGACCAAGACGCUGGCCACCUGGGCCACCAAGGAGCUGCGCAAGCUCAAGAGCCAGGCCUGAUUGUACCUGGCUGGGAGAGAGAGAGAGCGAGAGCUGUGAGAGAUCGACAUCCGUGAACAAUAAGGACAAACUGCCCACCGGAUUUAACUCUUCUGUCUUUGUCGGGUCGAAGCAGAAGUUGGGAUGAGUGUCUGUGUGAGAGAGAGAGAGAGAGAGACGUGUGUGAGAGCGAGAGAUGACAUCACACGCCGAUGACAUCCCCACCCCCACCCCCCAGACUGGACUGACUUCCCCCUCCUCCCACCUGUAAACAAAAACAAACAAGAACUCUGAGCCCUCCCUCCUCCUCCCACAAUCCACCUCUCUCGCUGUAGCCGGGCUCUCCUAUGACAUCAUGAUGUCGUCACUGACCCACUGUUGCCCCCGCCACUGGAGGAGGGGAAACGGAUAUAAACACAGCGGGGAAAAGAAAGACUAGUGGAAUCAGAGACAAAAACUCGGGCGGACUUUGUGAACUUCUGUGGAAAACUUUAGAUUUUCUUGCUCUUAUCUUUUUUCUUCUUCUUCCGAGCAGUAAAACACAUCUGGUGGAGAACCACCUCCACCUGCUCAGUU